CCCGCGCCUCUCCGCCGGGGGCCACCCCCGCGGCACGGUACGGCCCGGCCCGGCGCGGCCAAGCGCCGCCUCCGCGGCGGGAUGCAGCCGCCGCCGCCCCGCGGGUGCAGGAUGGAACAUGAGGCUACCCAGCUAGAAAAGCAGCACGUGCAUAGUGUGUAUGAAAAUACAGCUGCCUACUUUAAUGAUCUGCAGAGCAAAGCAUGGCCUCGUGUUCGAAACUUUCUGCUGGAGCAAAAGCCUGGCAGUCUUGUUGCUGAUAUAGGUUGCGGAACUGGAAAGUAUCUCAGUGUCAACAGUCAGGUGUAUAAUCUCGGCUGCGAUUACUGUGGACCAUUGGUAGAGAUUGCAAGGAAGAAAGAUGAUGAAGUUCUGGUAUGUGACAACCUUAACCUUCCCUUUAGGGACCAGUGCUUCAAUGCAGUCAUUUCCAUUGGAGUGAUCCAUCAUUUCUCAACUAAACAAAGGAGAAUCAAAGCAAUAAAGGAAAUGGCAAGGGUAUUGAUACCCGGAGGGCAGAUGAUGAUUUAUGUUUGGGCUAUGGAACAAAAGAAUCGUCGCUUUGAGAAACAAGACGUGUUUGUUCCUUGGAACAAGGCCUUGUGCUCACGGCAUUUUUCAGAAUCAAAUCAAUCUGGAGAUAAGGGUGAGUUUGUGCAUGCUGUAAAAAGCCGAGACGUACACCCUGCACAGCUAGUCAUCUCUGACUGCAGCUACCAAACCAAUCUGCAGCCAGAAACUGAUUCAAAACGUUCCCGAAAUACGGACCAUUGCUUAUCCAGAGCCUGCUGCAUGAAAAUUUCUGAAGAAGAAAACAGAUUUUAUAGUGCUCUAGGAAGGUCUUUCCGCUCGUGGUUUUUCUCCAGAUCACUUGAUGAAUCAGCCCUGAGAAAGCAAACUGACAAAAUGAAACCUCUGAGGAAUGAGGGAGAAUGGGCGAACAGUACCGUACCCAUUCAGCACUCGCGACACUGCAGUUUGGAUUUAGGUCACCAUGGAGCACUGUUAAAAGAACAAAGUUUAGAUGAUGAUGAUGUGUUCGUGGAAAGCCUGCCUCUCAAAAACCCACAGUGGUCACCAGCCACAGAUGCACUGAAAGAUUUAAGUUCAAAUGGAGGACACCAAGGUGUAGCUCAGUGCAAGAGUGAAGAAGCUUCAUUUAUAAACGGCCCAGUGGAAGACAGGGACUGCAGCUGCGGUUGUAAUAUAGAUGGUGCUGGCAAAUCUAAUGCCAGCAAGUUUUUCAAAAGAACUUCAACAACUGACUCCACUGACUCUGCUUUGGAUUCAGCAGUGUCUGUUGGGGACCAAACUGAUGCCACGUUGGAUACAAAAGCCUUCAUGCGUUAUUAUCAUGUUUUUCGGGAAGGGGAGCUGUGCUCCCUGGUAGAAGAGAACGUACCUGAGCUUCAGAUACUUUCUUCCUGCUAUGACCAUGGAAACUGGUGCAUUAUUGUAGAGAAAAGAGGAACGUAGCUGUAAAGAGAACGAAGCAGAAUUCAGUGACUGAGGAUUUUAAGCUGCUCCUUGUGUUCCUGUGAUUGUGCAGUGUGACAUGGAAUUUGAAUCUCAUGUAGUCAUGUGCCAUUCAUUUCUGAGCUAGUAACUCUUGACCUAUUUAACCAUCUAAUGCAAGGUCUGUAUAUAGGAACGUAAGUGGUAAACAAUAUUUAUGUUUUGUUAAACUUUUAUGAAGUAAAAACUGGAGAGUUUUAUAUUGCUUUUAGCAAACAAUUGUGUUUUUAAAUAUACUUUUCUAUUGAAAAAUAAAACCUUUUUAUAAGACAAGGAUCAGGGCAUCUUUUAUGAGAAAUAUCCUCUCAGCAGCAAGUUUAGGCUUUGUUCUUCAAACACUGAAAAUGUGUCACAUUACUCCCUGUUCUUGAAGUCCUAUAAAUAGAGACAUAGGCACAUUUUAAAAUGUACUUGACUGUAUGCUGCUAGAGUGCAUGCUGCAGAACUGGGAGCAAGCAUGGUCCCAGUGCUACGUAGUUUGGAGUAGAGUUGUUAAUGGGCAAAAACUAUGUACAAAACAAGCUCUGCAUAUUCUGUCAUUUGAGGUUUGUAUUUGGGAGCAAAUGAUAGAACAAGUUUUGAACAGCAUUUUGGACUUUUGUUUUAAAAAGAAUCUAAUUUGUGUCUCAGAUGCAGGUUAAGUUUUAUAUGGUAGCUCUCACAAAUACUUCGUCUUAAUUUCCUUUGCUGUGGUUUUUCAUUGGUUAUGUGUACAUGAAAGUCAGAGGGAUUUGUGAGAGUAUCAGUAUUAUGUAAAGGUUAGAAAAUAUCAUAUAUUUGAGAUAGAGAUAUCUUUUUUAUAAGCCUGGGAAGCUAAGAUAAAAUUAAAAAAAAUUCCAGUGCAUAGCUGGUCAGCUGUCAUAUUUGCUCUCCUCAUUCACUGACAAGACAACAUAUAUGAAAUGGUGCAUUAAAUAAUGUAGAUAGGAAGAGGAUACAAGUCCAGUUUGUAUAUAAAAUACAAAUUCCUGUCUUCCGCAGUUUAAACAAAUCUUCUGAGACCUAAAUGAUAAUAGAUUGCUUAAACAACUUUCCCAUUUCCUGUAAGAAAUAAAUUUUGCUGAACAUGGUGCCUCGUCUUCAUCCAGUUACACUGGAUUGUAGCAGUUGCCCUCACGUAGUUCUUUACACCCAAAUAAUCUCACCCCUUUCAGUGGGAGGCUUAUGAUGUGAAGCUGUAUGUGCUGUGGAUAAAAUCCACCUGGCUUCUGAAGAUCAGUAGUGAAACUGUAAUUGGUACCAACCAAAACAAGGCUGGAUCAGGUUAAUUGCCUCGUUAGCAUGAAGUUACUCCUUUUUUAGGCUUUAUUUACAGUCAGUGGUUUUAGUGUAGGACACAUCUUCAGGUGGUGUGAUUUCAUGACCCUUAAUGGAGCUGCACAGAUUCACCCCAGAGAUCAACCCUUUUGAUGCAGCAGUUUUAGGGACUCACAUAAUUAAGAUGCCUGCUGUAUUAAUGAUCAAGUAACUUUGAGUACAAAGCAACAGGAGUGAAAUACCAAACUUUUCCAGUCUGUGCUGUGUAAGUAGAUGGAUUUUGGGUUGUUCAGUAGAAAGCCCUGAUGGUGCUGAGUAAUUUUAGCUGUGGUUGCCCAGGAGAAUUACCACAUGGUAAUGCAUUAUAGAUUUAUCUAUUGGAGCGAUGCCUGUAGAACAAUUGCUUUUGUCUUCCUCGUAGUUUGGGAUCCUUGUGCUUUAUCCUUCCUGGGUCUGUACCACUUGCACUCUCCACUGCCUUUUGAAAAUAAAAGUGUGGUGAGAGAACCAUGCAUCUGAGACUUCAGAAAUAUAAUUCCCCUCUAAACAUGAUUUUCAAUACAGUCUGGGGCUGUGGUUCUUCAGACACUGUGUCCGAGCCUUACCUCAGAAAAGUGUCAAUAUUCCCUGCAUUGCUGGGUCCAGCUGCCCAUGGCUGAGGAGUGGCUCCUGCUGCAUCCUUAAGCUCUAGGUUUAGAAGCACAGUGCAAAAAUGCCUGUUCUGGCUGGCAUAUUGCAGAGCCAGCGUGGAUGGUGCUGAGCUCCACGCUUCAUCCACAACGCGCUCAUGUUGGACCGGUGAGGCCUGCCUCAUUUGUUGGGAAUUUCUGGCAGAGCUUGAGGAUUUUAAAAGAAAACUCAGAUGCUUCCAGAUAAGAUGUGUCAGUGGAUAUUCAGCAUCUCUGGAAUUUAGGAAGGAGGUAAUCAUCCUAUCUCCAAUCUUGAAAGUUUGUCCCUACACUCCAGCAUGCAGAAACUCUAUUACGCAUAUGUAAUUUUUUUUAUAAAAUAUUAUUAAUCUAAACUGACAGCUGGGUUUAGUUAACUGGGAGGAGGAACAUUAUAAUUUUGUUAUCUGCACUUCUGCAGUCUAUCUAUGGAGUAUUCAGUGUGUAGUCAAGCAGGCUGAUGAAAUUUGGUGUAAACUAAGAGGGAAAAGGCUUCCAUUCUCUUUACAAUAGAGACUUAACCAUACUUGUAAGAGGCUGAAUCUAUGUUUCAGGCUCUAGUAAAAACUUCCUGCUCUACCAGCUGUAUGAAAAAGAGCUGUCAGCUCAAAGCCACUGAGGUACUUUAAACUGGUUUUCUAUUUGUAGACUUUCCAUGCCUUGUUUGGUUUGAGAUUCUUGCCUGGGGUUGCUUUUCACAAUUAUUUAUUUCUGUAUUGGAUUUUCUCUUGUUUUGAGUUGAUGCCGUUAAGUUGCGUUACAUACAAGUUUGGAUAGUAUUGUUGCAAGUUCCUGGGGGAAGGAAAAGGGACGUUUGGUAAACUGCUUUCUUUUCAGUCAGUCUUCCUCUGAGGACGUAUAAUCACCAUGUAACAUAAUUUUUAUAGACUGGGGAUCAGUCAGCUGAGGUCACGAAUGUGAGGUCUGCAGAGCAAGCCCUUGUUCCUGUAUGCAGACUCCCAUCUAUUUAUGGAGGCUGCCUAGGUCUGUAACAGCCUUAUCAUUUCAUAAGAAGCCAGAUUACCUCACUCAGAGCAUGGUGAAUGUCUCUCUUGAUUGGUUUCUCUUUUGAUGAGGCCCAUCUUAAGCAAAAUGUAAUUUCCAGAAGAAUCCAUGAGAUUCCAGUCUGUAGUAGCUUACAGACAUACUUAAUGUGCUCAGAGAAAUGUAUAUACCAUUGAAAAGUCUAUAGUAAAUGAAUGAAUAAAUAAAAAAAAAAUCCAGUUGUCCCUGCAUGCUAAAACUCUCAGCAAUAUCCAGGCUACAAGAUCUGACUGUUACAAGGUAAAAGGCAAAUGUGUUCUUGUAUUUAUUGUCUGACAAAUGGGCAAUACUCUGACCCCAGCCAUGCCAGUAACAAACCUGCUUCCUCCUGCAGUGGACUAGGAUUGCUCCUAAGCUGCUCUUCUAGCUUUAAGUGGCACGUGGAGAAGUCUUGAUUACAUGAAAAAAAAUGUCCUGUUUUUUACAAUUUAAUUUACUAGUAUCAUUGUCAGUCUGAACUGGCUAAACAAAAGCUGCUACCUUAUUACUCUUACAGACUAUAAUCCAAAUGGACAAUUGCAAUAAAAAAAGAUACAAUUGAACAGACUUAUUUUUGAAGGACUAAUACACUUGCAAUCUUUGCUAAGUGACAUUUUGUCUUUUUUUUUUUUUUAAAUACAUGAAAUAUUUAUAUUAGAAGUGCAGAAGUAUGUUUGUUUGUUUGUACUAAUGGUGACUAAUUUACUUUCUUCCAAGCUUAUGGUGUAGGAAUUUUAAAAGCACAGGUGAGGAAUGAAAGCUAUAAAUAUUCUAGCAGAUUUUUUUCUGGUACAUAUUUAUAUACAAGUUACUUACACGCACAGUUUAAAUGCCGAGUGAAGAGCUGUGUAUGUUCCACCAGCAGAAUAUUGUUAGUGAACUGCCUGGGCAGAUUCUGAAUAGAAAUAAUGGUUCUGAUCCUGUGUCCUCUCUGCCGUGUCAUGUCUCCGUCAGACUGUAUUCACAUCACUCUCGGGCUGUAUUAGUAUCGACAUUGUGUUGAAUUUACUGGUCUACCCGCUUUCUUGCUCAGCACUUUUACAGGAUUUGUGGCAACUUUAAUACUCCAGGAAAACGAAGUGUGUCACUGUUAAAUAUAUACAAUUGUAUAUCUCUUUUGUGAGUUCAGCAUUUCUUAUUCUUACAGUAUAUGAAUUCUGGCAGCUACCGUUGAUUUUAUCUUCCAAUCUGCUGGUCAAAACCAUGCUUAGGUACUGCUCUGUAGUCAAUUCUUUCUCCGUACAUGGAACCUAUUCUGUAGUAUUUGACAGAAAAUGAAUCCUACUUGGUUAAAAUAUUAUUUCCUACAGAACUUCUGUGCUUUCAGAAUAGUUAAUAAAUAUAUUAGC